AUGCAGCGGAACUCUAGUCCGAAUGAGGAUUGGGAAGCAGCAAGCCAGCCAUCUGAGCCAACCAGUUGUACAUUACCUGGUAGCGUGUCUGCUUGCCCUCUGAUUCCAUUCCUAGUACGAACUUUUGUUGCAAUAGUUCUUGGCAACUACCUGCCAUGUCUUGCAGUCGUCCCAACUUCUGCGCUUCUUGUGUAUCAGAACUUUCAUGGAACUAAGGAAAGGAUUAAGAAGAUGUUCGAUAAGAUUGAACUGUCAGUUUCUUCAUAUGACACUGCUUGGGUAGCAAUGGUCCCAUCUCCAAAUUGUCCAGAAACUCCUUGUUUUCCAGAGUGCACAAAGUGGAUUUUGGAUAAUCAACUCGGUGAUGGCUCUUGGAGUCUUCCUCAUCGCCAUCCAUUAUUAGUUAAGGAUGCUGUUUCAUCUACAUUAGCGUGCAUCCUUGCAUUGAAGCGUUGGGGUAUUGGUGAAGAGCAAAUGAAUAAAGGCUUUCGAUUUAUUGAGUUGAAUUCCGCUUCAGUUACCGACAAGGAACAACAUACACCAUUUGGUUUUGAUAUAAUAUUUCCUGGUAUGCUUGAAUAUGCCAAAGAUUUGGACUUGAACCUCCCUUUGAAUUCAACAGAUAUAGAUGCCAUGCUCCACAGGAGGGAUUUGGAGCUUAGAAGUGGCUAUGGCAAGAACUUGGAGGGAAGGAGAGCUUACUUGGCAUAUGUUUCAGAAGGAAUUGGAAAAUUACAGGAUUGGGAAAUGGUAAUGAAAUAUCAAAGAAAGAAUGGCUCACUGUUCAAUUCACCAUCCACCUCAGCAGCUGCUUUUAUUCAUAUUCAAGAUGAUGAGUGUCUCCAUUAUAUUCGCUCACUCUUACAGAAGUUUGGGAAUGCAGUUCCAACCAUUUAUCCAUUGGAUAUAUAUGCUCGUCUUUCUUUGGUUGAUACUCUUGAAAGGCUGGGAAUCGAUCGGCAUUUCAGGAAGGAAAUAAAAAUUGUGCUUGAUGAAACAUAUCGAUGCUGGUUGCAGGGGGCGGAAGAGAUAUUUCUUGAUAUUGCCACUUGUGCAAUGACAUUUCGGAUAUUACGUUUGAACGGAUAUGAGGUUUCUCCAGAUAUAAGCCAAUAUUCUGAAGAUCGUUUCCUUAACUCACUGGAAGGAUACAUGAAGGAUUCAAGGGCUGCCUUAGAGUUGUACAGAGCUCUGCAGUUAAGUUUUCCAGAUGAAUCACUUCUGGAAAAACAAAAUUCAUGGACAAGCUAUUUACUGAAACAGGGAUUAUCAAAUGGUUUACUUUAUGGAGACAGACUUUGUAAAAAUAUUACCACAGAGGUGCAUGAGGCUCUCAAUUUUCCUGACCAUGCAGAUUUGCAACGCUUAGCUAUCAGAAGAAGAAUUGAACAUUAUGCUGCGGAUGAUCCAAGGAUUUUGAAAACCUCAUAUCGUAGCAAGGAUUUUCUCAAAUUGGCCGCAGAAGACUUCAACAUCUGCCAAUCAAUACAUCGUGAAGAACUUAAACAUAUCAUGAGGUGGGUUGUAGAGAGGAGAUUGGAUAAGCUAAAGUUUGCUAGGCAAAAGGAGGGCUACUGUUACUUCUCUGCUGCAGCAACUCUCUUUGCUCCUGAACUAUCUGAUGCCCGCAUGUCAUGGGCAAAAGAUGGUGUGCUUACUACUGUCGUUGAUGACUUCUUUGAUGUUGGUGCUUCUGAAGAAGAACUGUUAAACCUUAUUCAAUUGAUUGAGAAGUGGGAUGCCAAAGGCAGUGCUGACUUUUGUUCUGAGAAAGUGGAGAUACUAUAUUCGGCACUUCACACCACUAUUUGUGAGAUUGGGGAUAAAUCAGUCAGAUGGCAAGGACGCGAUGUGAGCAGUCAUGUUAUCAAGAUUUGGUUGGAUUUGCUCAAAUCCAUGUUGACUGAAGCACAAUGGUCAAGCAACAAAUCAGUGCCAACCCUUGAUGAAUACAUGACAAAUGGAUAUACAUCAUUUGCUUUAGGGCCUAUUGUCCUUCCAGCUCUCUAUUUUGUGGGGCCUAAGCUUUCCGAGGAGGUUGCUGAAAAUCCUGAAUUGCAUAAUCUAUUUAGGGUUAUGAGCACUUGCGGGCGCCUACUUAAUGACUGGAGAACCUUUAAGAGAGAAUCCGAAGAAGGGAAAUUGAAUGCUGUCUCAUUGUACAUGAUUCACAGUGGUGGUGCUGUAACUGAAGAAGAGGCCAUUGAACAUAUUAAAGGCUUAAUUGACAGUCAGAGAAGACAACUGCUUCAAUUAGUUUUGCAGGAAAAGGAUGGUAUAAUUCCUAGGCCCUGCAGGGAUUUGUUUUGGAAUAUGAUAAAAAUAUUGCACCUGUUCUACAUGAAGGAUGAUGGAUUCACUUCAAACGAGAUGAUAAAUGCUGCCAAGGCAAUUAUUAAUGAAUCCAUCUCUCUAGAUGAAUUAUGA